GUCAAAGGUAACGAUCAACAGAGCAACAACAUGGUCGUCAAAAAGGAAGACGAGAUUUUGAUGAAAUCUAUGUUAGAGGAUGACCCCAACUCCAAUGAAUCAGUUGCAACAGAAAAACCCAGAUGGGGACCUCAGCAUGCGGGCGCCAAGGAAUUGGCUAGUCAAUAUACAAUGGGGAAAAGAAUACAAGAGACCAUAUGCCUUUUUACUGCAAUAGGACUUAUUAUAUGGAAUUUCACACAACUCGUUAGAUAUUUCCAACCAGAAAAUUGGUACAUUGUUCUUGUGUCAGCUAUUUUAGGUAUAUUGACUGCAGAUUUCUUUAGUGGACUGGUGCACUGGGGAGCCGACACUUGGGGAUCAGUGGAAUUGCCUAUCUUGGGAAAGGGUUUUAUACGACCCUUCAGAGAACACCAUAUUGACCCGACCUCUAUAACUAGACAUGACUUUAUAGAGACCAAUGGUGAUAAUUUUGCCGUUAUAAUUCCAUUUUUAGCUCAAAUGGCAUACAAAUUUUGGACACUGACACCUGAACAGAUAGCAGCAACUUACAAUUGGGAGUGUUAUGUAUUUUUUAUUGCAGUAUUUGUUAGUUUGACUAAUCAGUUUCACAAAUGGUCUCAUACUUACUUUGGACUUCCAAAGUGGAUAACUCUGUUACAAGACUAUCAUAUUAUCUUACCCAAGAAGCAUCAUAGGAUCCACCAUGUCUCUCCUCACGAGACAUAUUUCUGUAUAACGACAGGAUGGCUUAAUUAUCCUCUAGAGAAAAUCAGGUUCUGGACUACACUAGAAAGCUUAAUAGAGAGCACAACAGGAAACAAGCCUAGAGCAGAUGAUUUCAAGUGGGCAUCCAAAACACAUUGAGGAAAAGAUAAGUUAGAAUGUAAUUGGAUAAAAGCACAGAAUGUUUAGAAGAAAAAUUUAAUGUUGAGAAAAUUUCCUGUACAAGAAGAAGUUUUUUGCACCGAUGAUCUAUCGGGAAUUGUGCAAACAUCUCUGUACUUCAAAAUUGAUGCGACAACAGGAAGUUUUCUUUACAGGGUGUGUGGGUUUAUAUCACAAACAUGGGGCAUUAUUACAACAUGUAACUUGAAGAUCAAAUUAAAGCAGAAUUGAUAUGAGUAGAAAAAAAAUUAUAAAGAGUUAAGGCAUUUAUUUCAAUUAGGGUUCAAAAACAUUGAAAAAGAAUACAAUUUUAUGUUUUUUCACCUUUUUCAUUACUUAAAACAAAGUUAUCAAGACUAAAACCAGUUUUUCUGAGAAGAGUAACUGAAUAUUUUGUUUAUAUUGUAACUAUAAGUCACAAGAUGUUAUAUCCAAGUUAAAAAUACAAAAAUCUUCAUGAUGCCUCUUCAGGGAUUGAUGAUUUAUUUUCGAAGACCUCUUUCCAUUUGAAGACAUACAUCAAGAUAUUAUAUACAAAAUAAUACACAUUAUGAAUGCUUGAUCAAAAUCAGAUUUUCACUCAUCUUCUUGCAUGAAUUUCUCCUGUUUCAAAUUUUUACUUCCAUCUUGUAAUACUUUAUAAGGAGUAAUUGACCAGAACAAAUGAGAAUGAUCAUAUACAAUGUAUGUUGUGUUGUGAAUCCUGCCAAUUGUUUAUUUAAUUGUUAUUUAGCUUUCUUGUUAUUAAAGAAGAAGUUUGAUAUUUUGUACAUCUUAUAGUUUUUAUGAUGGAUACAUGUAGGUCUACUAAAGUUAUCUAUGCUUUUAGUGUUAUGAAAGUUGAAUGUGAAACAUAAACGUUUUAUAUUUGGAAGAUGUAUUUUAUACUACUUACAUAUUAUACAAUUUUGAUGUAUUUAUUUGCAGUAGAGUUUUCAAGUUGUAACUGAGGAUAUAUAUGUGCAAAAAACUAAUUUAUUAUUUUGUACAAAGGUUUGCACCUGUUGAUAACUAUUCACAAUUAUCGCUUUUUUUUCUAAAAUGGGAUUCUUUUAGUAUUUAUUGUUUUAAAUGUGAUAUCAGGUCUUGGUUGAAACUUUGAUAUGUACUUUUUAUAAUCAGUUUGACCUAGUAACAUAACCUAAUAAAAACUGGUUUGACCUUGGACUUCAGUGUAGAUAUGGGAAAAUAAAAUACUCACUCUAUAAAUGAAUGAUACAAAGUUUACUUGUAAUUAUCUGCUGUGUUCAUGUACUUUAAAAUUAUAAAGAAAUUUAUUAUUUUACUCAUGAGGUUUAAAAAACAAAACUUUUAAAAAGUGAUAUUAAAAAAAUAUGUGAUAUAUGACCUGUUUAAAAAUGAAAGGAAAGUAAGAAAGGAUUUUUUUUUUCAUUAAGACAUUCUCAAUUGUUGAGGGUUAUUGUAAGGCUGUCAUCCGGUUAAACAUAGAUCUGAGAUAAUUCAUACCGAUGUGUAAACUUCGGUUUUCAAAUUCAUUUAUUUGUUCAUGUGCAUGAAAACUCUAGUAUGUCUGUUGAAAUCACACAUUUAAAUGAAGGACAAAGAUUGUAUUAAAUAAGGCCAUUUAUCAUUUGUAAUUUUUUAAUUUGAGCAGAUUGAAAAAUUUGGCAGUUAAUCUCACGUUUUUGGAUAAAUACUGCAAAAACAUAAAUUAUUUCCAGAUUCAAGAAUUCAUAAAAUUUCUUUAAAUGACAAAUUUUAAGCAAAAUUUUAAAGAGCAGACAGGAUGAAACUGAAAAAUAAAUUUUACCUGACCCUUAUGGAUCAUUGCACCUUUAUGUUUUGUAAGAUUAUGUUAUAUUAUAUGUUCAUGUAAAAGUAUAUAAAUGCAUAUUAAUUUAUUGUAUUAUUACCAAAUCAAUUGCAGAUGUUGUUUUAAAGAAUAUAAAACUUGCAUCAAUAUUAAGCCAACUGCUUGUUUCAUUAUUUGUUUUAGGGAAACCUUUUUCUUUUCUUUUUUCUUCCUAAUAUCCAAAGAAGUUAGAUUAAAUUGAUUCUGUCUCAAAGAUUUGUGUUUUCAUGGAUAUGUUAUUUGAAUUUUUGUUGGACCAAUUUUAUGUUUGACAUGUCUAUCUAUAUACGAAGUUUCUUUACACAUAGCACUUUAUUUUAUUAAAUAGAUCAAUUCACAAUGCCACUGGAAAUUGGCUUAGCUUUAUAAUUGUGCACAAUUUUUGCAUGAUGACUAUUAUUUUUGAAAAAAGUCAGUUCUUCAACUUAAUCCUAAUACUGUAAAGUCAGAAAUUAUUAUGAUGAUUUUAUUAUUGCGAAAAAAUUCCGAGGGGAUUUGUAUCUGACACCCAAAAUAAAAAGUUGCAUUAUAAAUUUUGAUACAUUAUUUGUAUGCAGCAUAUCCUGAAAUUACAAUAAUGAUAGCAUUAUUUGUAUGCAGCAUAUCCUGAAAUUACAAUAAUGAUAGCAUUACUUGUAUGCAGCAUAUCCUGAAAUUACAAUAAUGAUAGCAUUAUUUGUAUGCAGCAUAUCCUGAAAUUACAAUAAUGAUAGCAUUAUUUGUAUGCAGCAUUUUGUAUGCAGCAUAUCCUGAAAUUACAAUAAUGAUAGCAUUAUUUGUAUGCAGCAUAUCCUGAAAUUACAAUAAUGAUAGCAUUACUUGUAUGCAGCAUAUCCUGAAAUUACAAUAAUGAAAGCAUUACUUGUGUGCAGCAUAUCCUGAAAUUACAAUAAUGAUAGCAUUACUUGUAUGCAGCAUAUCCUGAAAUUACAAUAAUGAUAGCAUUAUUUGUAUGCAGCAUAUCCUGAAAUCACAAUAAUUAAUCUCACAUUUAUGUCUAUGGUUCAACAAUCACAAUAAUUUCUGAAUUUGUAGUAUUCUGUUUGUAACAUGUGCUUUUUGGAUUGCAGGGGUUGAAAAUAGAAUAAUUUUUUGGGUAAAGAUUGCAUGAAAUGCAAUUAAAACCCUAUGGUAAUGACUUGAUAUCUAAAUCUUCCAAGGUUUAUCACUACCUUUCAUUGUUCAAACAAAAUAGUGCAGUGAAGUGAUCAUUCUUCAGAAACUAUCCAGUCAAUGUCAAACAAUUUAUUAAUGAUGAUAUGUUAUACUUAGAUAUUUAAGUUACAAUAUGAUGUGUAUUUGAAUUACCAUACAUCAGGAUUUUUUUUAUUAAAAUUUACAUAAGUAAUGCAUGGUGUAUGAAUCUUGUGAUAAAAAUAGGCUCAACCAGAAAUGUACAAUCAUGAACAAAGGAAGAUAACUCAAACUCAAAUUUAUAAUUUGCUUAUCUAUUUAAAUAUAAUUCAAUGUUUUAUUUUAAAAUCAUGAAAUUGCAAAAUGAAAGCAAUCUUUACCCUUCAGUGCUCACAAGCUCUUUAAUUAAUCAAGUCAUAGAUUUUCUUAAUGCAAUUUUAGAUCAGUCCUUUUUUUAUACGACCGCAAAAAAAUUUUUGUGGUCGUAUAUUGGUAUGACGUUGGCGUCGUCGUCGUCGUCCGAAGACACAUUAGUUUUCGCACUCUGACUUUAGUUUAAGUGAAUGGAUCUCAAUGAAAUUUUACCAUAAUGUUCAAUACCACAAAAGGAAGGUGGGGAUUGAUUUUGGGGGUUAUGGUACCAACAGUUAGGGAAUAAGGGGCCAAAAUAAAGCAUUUUUACAACUUUCAGACAUAACUUGUAUGUUAGUGUAUGGAUCUCUCUGACAUUGUACCACAAGGUUCCAUAUCACACAGGGAAUGCUGGGAUUGAUUUUGGGGGUAAUUGCCUCAAAAUUUUAGGAAUUAGGGGCCAAAAAGGGGCAAAAAACAAGCAUUUUUCUAGUUUCAUGACAAUAACUUGUGUGUAAGUGUAUGGAUCUCUCUGACAUUGUGUCACAAGGUUCCAUAUCAUAAAGGGAAUGCUGGGAUUGAUUUUGGGGGUAAUUGCCUCCAAAUUUUAGGAAUUAGGGGCCAAAAAGGGCAAAAAACAAGCAUUUAUCUAGUUUCAUGACAAUAACUUGUGUUCAAGUGUAUGGAUCCCUCUGAAAUUGUACUGCAAGGUACCAUACCACAAAGGAAAGGCUGGGAUUGAUUUUGGGGGUAAUUCCCUCAAAAUUUUAGUAAUUAGGGGCCAUAAAAGGGCAAAAAAACAAGCCUUUUUCUAGUUUCAGGACAAUAACUUGUGUGUAAGUGUAUGGAUCUUUAUGAAAUUGUACUGCAAGGUUCCAUAUCACAAAGGGAAAGCUGGGUUUGAGUUUGGGGGUAUUGCCCUAAACGUUUAGGAAUUUGGGGCCAAAAAGAGGUAAAAAAACAAGCAUUUUUGUAGUUUCCAGACAAUAACUUGUGUUCAAGUGUAUGGAUCUCUCUGAAAUUGUACUGAAAGGUACCAUACCACAAAGGGAAAGCUGGGAUUGAGUUUGGGGGUGAUGAAUCAUAAGGGGGUUCAAAAAAUUUGGGGGGGGGAUUUUUUUUUCCUUUUUUUUCUUUUAAAUUUUCCAUUUUAAAAUGGUUAUUUCUGAUUUAUAUAUAAAAGCAAAUAAUAAUGAUAUGGUUUGAAUAGGUAAAUUAAAAAUUUUUAAGUUCUUAGACCACUUUCAUUCUGUGUCAGAAACCUAUGCUGUGUCAAAUAUUUAAUUACAAUCCAAAUUCAGUGCUGUAUCAAGCUUGAAUGUUGUGUCCAUACUUGCCCCAACUGUUCAGGGUUCGACCUCUGCGGUCGUAUCAAGCUGCGCCCGAGCGGAGCAUUUUAUUAACCUCUUCAGUAGUUUGUCCAAAAGGUUAAAAGUAUUUCAAAUCACUAUUGUUAAGAUUGAGUGUUUACAUUAACAUUUGCCAUCAAUAUUGUACUUGAUGUAUGCUUCUUUUCAUUUUUAGCCUAGAAUACCUUUCUCUGUCCAAUGUCUUGUAAAGUGCCUAAAUUAUUUUUAUAGCAGGUAUAAAUGUUUAGUAACAAUAAAAAAAAAGGAUGUUUGAUUUAUAUUUGUUUAAGUGCUACAUAUUGUAUUAAAGAUUACGUGCUACAUAUUGUAAGAUAUUGUAUGUAUACAAUCAACAUGUAUAACCAUCACAGAGGAAACUACAUUUGUUUGCUAAACAAUUAAAGUAGAUCUCAACACUUUUAUUUUUGUUCAUCCUGAACAUUCAUGAAAUAUUUGCCACCGUACGAUAAGCAACCAACAUUAGUUUGGGUUUUAGUGAGUAAAAUCUUCAAGACUAAAUCAUUUCUUUGAAAGUGUUUUUUACUUCUAGACAAUAAUUUGUAGAAAAUUCCAUUCUUCAUGGGUAGUUACAUCUGUUUGCAAAAAUGCAGUACAAUGCACUUUAUUAACCAGUAUACAUAUGAUAGAAUUUGUCAACUACCUGUGUUAUAAACAAGAUUUUUAAUGGACAUAUUUUAUAGGUAAUUGCACAAAAACUAAGGUUUCAACUCCUUUAGAAACAGUUAAACUUAAAAGAUUUUGGUGGUUCUGUUUUUACUCUUUUCAAUGGACAGUCAUCCAUCAUCAUCAUCGUCAUCAUCUUUUCAAUGGCUCAAACAUUUUAUGUAUUUUCUUCCAAUUCUUUUGGUCUCACUUGAAAAUGAUUUUUCUGCACCACUUGAAUUCCAUGCCCAUCUUUUACAUGACCAGUAUUUAUGUAUGAUGUAUUUUAAUAUAUAUUUACUUUUAUCAUUACUUUAGUAUUCAUAUUCUAGUUUUAUACAUUUUUAACCAAUAAGGCACUUUCCUCCAUGCAAAGGCUUGUUCUUGAUUGAACUAAUGAAUAAUCUUAUCAGGGGAAAUAACUGUGUUGUUGUUAUGGGAUACAGCAAAUCGUGACAUUAACUAAAUAACUGUCACAUAUAUUUUAGUUAAUUACUGUGGAUUCAUUAUUAUGCCCCCGCUGUAGCGGAGGGGGCAUUAAGUUUUACCCUUGUACGUCUGUAUGUCUGUACAUCCUAAAAUUGGUUUCCGUUCUCUAACUUUAGUUUGCCUCAACCAAAUGUUAUGAAACUUAUACACAAUGCUUAUUACCACAAAACUCAGAUCAAGUAUGAAGUUGGGUAGCGUCACUUUUACCGUUCUUAAGUUAUGUUCCUGUAUAACGUUAUAUGCAAGCCGAGGCAUCAUCUGUGUCCCAUGGACACAUUCCCCAUUUUUUUUUUGUGGAAUACCAGUUUUUGUGGUUAUAGAUAAACCUUGAAUUUAAAUGUUCAAUGAGUUACAUAUUUUCUGAAGGCUUGUUUGCAGACCUUAGCAAAACCAUUAAAUCUGAUGUCAAUCGAAAAUACAACUAUAGGAUUUGGCAAACACUUCAAGAACCAAUAAUGUUUUGAUAACAAAAUAUAUAUGGCAAAACUAUACAGUUUAAUCUAAAGAAAAUGUUGUUGUGUAAAAUGCUACUAUUAUACUCUCCCCUCUAUCAUUAAUUUUAGGAAAAUUUUCUAAAUAUUUAAAUAUCCAUCUGAGAAAUUAUUUGCUGUAUUUUUUAUCACAUCAUUAUCUCCCUUGCGUAGUUGCAUUUAAAUACUUUUUUCAUCAUUUUUUUAAGUUAUUAUUUUUAUUGCAUAUCAUUGUGAUUAAAAAAUUCCGCACUACACAGUAACAUUAUUUCAAUUGCUGUUUUUUUUUACUUUGUGUAAAUUGACCUCAAAUGUUUGUAUAAUGAAUAUUCAACAGAUGUAGAAUUGAUAUUUAUUCUUACAAAGGUUCAAUUAAUUAAUCCAAUAUAUCAAUGAUUUAACCAGUUUAAGAUAAAGCAAUCAUACUUUCCUACUUGCAUUAUGUUGUGCCUUUAGAAUUAUCUUAGUUUUUGUACACUCAAGGUAAUUUUUGAGAAAACUGAUAGCAUUCAUUGAAAUAAGCAUUAAAAAGUAUUUAAAAAAAUCAGAACAUUUUUUUUUUGUGUAUUGUUCGAAAAUAUGAAUGUCAAUAAUAUAAACAUGUUCAUAUAGUAUUCUUUAGUUGCUCAUAAAUCUGUCCUGUAUGAUUUCUGUAAAAUUUUCAUCCUUUGUGCCUAAUAAAAUAGUACUAA